AUGUCAUCAGAAGAUGAUGAUGCAGAAAGUAGAAAUAAGAUACAGGCUGGAAGGGUAGCACGGUUUUUCCUUUUUAAGAACCGCGAAAAGAUGUCAGUUAAAAAAGCUCAAGUAAAAGGAAUUUUAGAUAAAUCAAAUGAUGAAAAAAAUAGAGAAACAAACAUGAUCAAGACUGCUAGUCAGUACUUAAAUGACGCUCUAGGAUUAGACAUUGUAAGAUAUACAAAACCAAAUAAAAAAGUUCCUUCAGAUUAUUAUAUUAUCAGAAAAGAAGAAUAUCCAUCAGAAAUACAAAUACCUUUUUCAGAAGCUGAAAAAAGAGAAUUUGGCCUUCUUGCUUUUAUAUUUUUUGCAAUAUCUUUCAAUAAGCAUCCAAUAACACUCGAUAACAUUAUAAAAACUAUAGAAAAGUUUGAAAUGGAAGAAGCAGUAUCAGAACUAGGCAAAAUGCCAAACCUUCUCAAAAAAUGGACCAAAGAAGGAUAUCUUACAGAAGAGAAAUUACAGCCAGAACAGAAAUUAGAGUAUUCGUUUGGCCCACGCUUUGAACUUGAGAUUGGAAAAGAACGUCUGGCAGUUUUGAUGAGAUCUAUUAUUCAAAAGCAUAAUGUUGUAGAAGGAGAAGAGUGA